UGUGAGGACAGGAAGCGGAUCAGACUUUGCGCCUGCGCAGUCACUCUUCGCUGGUCCCUGUAAAGAUGUCUGAGCAGGCGGGGAGGGAGCGGAGCGGAGGACCCGAAACCAACAGGCAGAGCUCGCAACUCUCCGCAUUUCAAACAGUCCAGGUCCAUGUCAUUCUGACGAGCAGCUGAGAUGUCCAAUGACAGCCAGGGAUCGGUGAAGGGGGAGGCGGCCAUUGUGCAUUCUCCCACUGUCUCCGCCUCCUCACAGGGACCGCCCCUUUCUCCUACAACCUCAAAACCACCUGAGCUGCCAGAUGAGCUCAUUCAAGCCGGCUGGUCCAAGUGCUGGUCUCGGCGGGAGAACCGGCCGUAUUAUUUCAACAGGUUCACCAAUCAGAGCUUGUGGGAGGUGCCAGUGUUGGGUCAGCAUGAUGUCAUUUCUGAUCCGUUAGGCCUGAACGCAGCACCUGCAGAGGGCGGAGACAGUAAUGUAGGUAAUGGCCAGAGGAAGAGGCGGAGCUCUGACGAGCAAGCGGGGGGUCCUAACAGCUUGAAACGGGCCAAGGUUGAGCCCACCACGCCCAUCUCUCCCAGCACCCCGGGUGCCAAACCCUGGAGCACCGCUCCUGAUGAGAAACAAACCCCAUCAGCCACUCCAACGACCCCGAACCCAGCCCCUGCUCCCUACAGACCAGCGAUUAUCUACUGGGAUCUGGACAUCCAGACCAACGCUGUGAUCCGAGAACAUCCUCCUGCUAACCACUUGCCCCCCCACCCUGAGGUGGAGCUGCAGAGGGCUCAGCUGGUCACCAAGCUGAGGCAACACUAUCACGAGCUGUGCCACCAGAGAGAAGGUAUUGACCCACCCCGGGAGUCGUUUAACCGUUGGCUGCUGGAGAGGAAGGUCAUUGAUAAAGGUCUUGACCCCUUGUUGCCGAGUGACUGUGAACCCGUCAUAUCGCCGUCCAUGUUCAGAGAGGUCAUGAACGACAUUCCCAUCAGGUUGUCUCGUAUCAAGUACAAGGAAGAGGCCAGGAAGUUGCUGUUUAAAUACGCUGAAGCUGCCAAGAAGAUGAUCGACUCCAGGAAUGCCAGUCCUGAGAGCAGGAAGGUGGUGAAGUGGAACGCAGAAGACACUAUGAGUUGGCUGCGCCGGGAUCACUCUGCAAGCAAAGAGGACUACAUGGACCGCCUGGAGCACCUGAGGCAGCAGUGUGGUCCUCACGUGGCUGCCGUUGCCAAAGACUCUGUGGAGGGAAUCUGCUCCAAAAUCUACCAACUGUCCUCAGAGUACAGUCGUCGUCUGAGACAAACACACCUUAGUGUACUGCAGGACCCGCCCACAGAGGUGUGCACAUCGCCGUCACAGUCUCGCUUGGUCUACUGUUACCCACUACGCCUGGCGCAGCCGUCGCCGCCACUACCGCGCGUGGAGUUGCAUUUUGAGAACGAUGUGGCGUGCCUGCGCUUCAGAGGAGAGAUGGUCAAGGUGAACAGAGGUCACUUCAGCAAACUGGAGUUGUUGUACAGGUACAGCUGCAUCGAUGACUCUCGCUUUGAGAAGUUCCUGUCCAGAGUGUGGUGCCUCCUCAAGAGAUACCAGGUGAUGUUUGGCAGCACGGCGAAUGAAGGCACAGGCCUGCAGGGGGCGCUGCCAAUGUCUGUCUUUGAGGCCUUGAAUCGACAGUUUGGCGUUUCCUUUGAGUGCUUCGCCUCGCCGCUCAACUGCUACUUCAAACAGUUCUGCUCCGCCUUCCCCGACACCGAUUGCUACUUCGGAUCUCGAGGGCCUUUUCUGUCUUUCUGUCCAGUCAGCGGCUCCUUUGAAGCCAACCCGCCCUUCUGUGAAGAGCUGAUGGACGCCAUGGUGACCCACUUUGAGGACCUUUUGGACCAGUCCACUGAGCCGCUGUCCUUCAUUGUCUUUGUCCCUGAAUGGCGCGACCCUGUGACCCCGGCCCUGAGUCGCAUGGAGGGAAGCCGAUUCAUCCGUCAUCAACUGAGCGUCCCGGCCUAUGAGCACGAGUAUCGCUCUGGGAGUCAGCACAUCUGCAAGAGGGAGGAGAUGUACUACAGAGCGGUCCACGGUACUGCAGUACUCUUCCUCCAGAACGACGCCGGUUUUGCCAAGUGGGGCCCGACACCAGAGCGCCUGGCAGAGCUGACGGCGGCGUACCGCCCCUCUUCCUCACGCACCUCCUCCUUGUCCUCCCCUGGGCCCGCCCACACAACCGCAGGCGACAGAGACUCUGCCCCCAAGCCUGCCGACAGGAUGCAAAGCACGUUGAUCUCGCCAGGUAGCCAUGACAACAACAACAACAGCAGCCGCAGCAGCAGUCCACAAGACAAGAUGGCUGCCGUGUAAAGGAGGUGCGGCUUGCUUUGUGACUCCGCCCCCAUCACUUUCUUUAGUUCACUUUGUCCCUCACCAGCAUCUGUAGCACCCUCCGCCUUUGUCCACUUUCACGUUCUUACCCUUGUGUUACCCUUGUGUUGUGAUUGGUGGAAGCACGUCUGGACGGUUUGUUGUGUUGCAGCAAUAAUAAACUUCCCACUCGUGACGUCACACGAGGACUCUCAUUGGUCCCCUCACAGACGACGCUUGGGACUGGUUGACAAGGCAGCUAUCUUCUUUUUUUGGUUUUUCACCCUUUCGGACUCUGCAGUCAGAGACAGGCUGUGACAUCACAGACACGUUAGAGCAGCAAGCGGACCUCUCAAUCCUAAUCUAAUUGACGGACAGGAAUUCAUAUGUGUUCACAUUUCAUCAUGACCUUCUGUGUCCUUGUGAGCGUCCAAGCGGAGACUGCAAGUUUGGCUUCACUGCUGCCCUCGUCUCCAGAGCAACGGUCGGGAGGCACAGGUGUGUCAUUUGUGUGUGAUGUCACAUAACGUAGAUAAAGUCACGUGACCUGUUAGUUGAAAGUGGGGUAGGCUCCUCCCACUCGACGCCGCUGGUGUUCUUUGCUGUGAUUGGUCCAAUCAGGCGCCUGCUUGCUGCUGUGUAGAUAAUGUACAGUCCAACUGAUCUCAAGUCUGUUGAUGUUCAUUCAGUUUGUCCCUCCAUGCUUUUUAUUUGUUUUAAUUUAACAUUUUUAAAGGACAUGUUUUCUGUAUUGUAAUGUUUACAAUAGUUUGAAACUAAACCAAAGUGUUGUUAUAAAAAAAUAUAUAUAUAUUGUGUCUGCAUCUACACUAAUGCUGACGUCAAUCCAACAUUUUUUUGUGUCAUGUUCUUAGUGCAUGAAAUGUUUUUCUUGAAUAUUUUCCUGCUUGAAUCUUCACUGCGGAGUGUCUCAACGCCUGUGUUUCAUUUCUGAGGAGUAGAGCUAAACAAUAUGCAAAAACAUCAGAUUGCCAUUAUUUGAACGGAUAGUUGAUUGUGUGUGUUUUUUUUUUUUUUAGUUGACACCUGCUUUUGUGACCUGUUUGGCUGUUUUCCUUUUUUUUGUUUAGAGCCUUGUUAGCUUUCAGUGUUUUAUGUUAAGUUUUCUAAAAGCAACUGACCUUUUCCAACAUUGUUUAUAAAGAUGUAUAUCUUUACGAUGAAUGAAAACAUGCGACUAUUACCUUAACACGUCCAAUGAAGUUUAGACUUUAAAGGGAAACAUGACUCACCAUGUGAUACAUGCUUUAUUGUUUUGAGAAAAAGUGAGCUAUUUAAAUGUUAUGGGCUACAGAUGAUUGUUUUAAAUUACAUUUCUGUAAAAAAAAAAGUGUUCAUUGUGAUUUUUAAUACUAACUGAUAUGAAAUGCGGCUGCAAUCAGCAGCAUUUUUUUGCCGUUGAAAUUGUGCGUUUUAGCAAGCAGAACUUGUGUAAAUAGGAGUGGAUGCAGGCUGGAGAAUGUACAUAUGCUCUGUUUUACGUCUCGCCUACAGACAAAAUGCAGUUUCACGCCCAGUAAAGAUAUAUUCAAUCCUUCA